AUACGCCCUUUUGUUUCUCUCUGUCUGCAGCAUAUACCGCGCCCGGGAGCUGUCGCUGGCAGCCGAGCGCGCCGCGGCCGAGCGGGCAGCGGCCGCCGAGCGCACCGAGGAGAGGGCCUCUGAGCGGGCGCGGCUCGCCUCCGAGGCCAUGUCGCUCAAGAUCAAGCAGGAGCUUCCAGAUGGCGAGAAGGGCGCCCUCGACGUGUCCGAGGACGGCACUCAGCAGGAGGAAGAGCGGGCCUCCCUGGCCAGCAGCCGGCCCGGGUCGGCGCGCUCCGCCUCGCCGGCGCCGCCCCGGUCGACACCCUCGGCCAGCACGCCCGUGCACGGCGGCGCCAACACGACCACCACCACGCCCGCGUCCUCGCCGCACGCGCCGCACGUGACGCCGCUGCCGCCGCACCUGCUCGUCAACGGCUCGCCCAAGAGCCCGUCCGAGGAGGGCGGCCUCUGCAGCAACAACAACACGCUGAGCAGCAACAACAACCUGCUGUCGGGCGCGCCCGGCCUGCUGGGCCCGCACAACGGGCUGUUCAUGGGCCCCGUGCCGCCGGGCCUGCCCGGCCACCACCACAGCCUCAGCAACCUGCUGCGCGAGUCGGACGCCCUCACCUCACGCCCAACGGCGUGAUGAUGGGCCGGCUGGGCGAGUCGCUCAUCCCCAAGGGCGACCCGAUGGAGGCGCGCCUGCAGGAGAUGCUGCGCUACAACAUGGACAAGUACGCCAACCAGAACCUCGACACGCUCAACAUCUCGCGGCGCGUGCGCGAGCUCCUGUCCAUCCACAACAUCGGGCAGCGGCUGUUCGCCAAGUACGUGCUGGGGCUGUCGCAAGGCACCGUCAGCGAGCUGCUGUCCAAGCCCAAGCCCUGGGACAAGCUGACGGAGAAGGGCCGCGACUCGUACCGCAAGAUGCACGCCUGGGCCUGCGACGAGCACUCCGUCAUGCUGCUCAAAUCGCUCAUCCCCAAGAAGGGCAAGGAGGCCAGCCUGCCGCCCUUCAUCGCCAGCGAGACGCCCGACAUCACGGACGAGCGGAUCGCGCACAUCCUGAGCGAGGCCUCGCAGCUGAUGCGCGUGCACAACCCCGACGACCUGCGCUCCAACGAGGACUCGCGGUCGCCGGCCGACAACCGGGGCGAGAGCGCGUCCCCGAUGAACUCAAAGGACGGCUCGCCGAGCCGGAAGGUGCGCAAGUAUGAGAACGACGACAUCCCGCAGGAGAAGGUGGUCCGGAUCUACCAGGAGGAGCUGGCCAAGAUCAUGGGCCGGCGCCUGGAGGAGAGCAUGCGGGGCGGCGCGCCCGGCGCCCGAGGCCCCGGCGACCAGCAGCCGCCGCCCUUCCCCGGCCUGCUCUUCCCGCACUUCAUGGAGGGCGCCGGCGGGCUGCCGCUGGCGGCGCGCUCCCAGGACGACAUCCGGCUCGCCCUCGACACGUACCACCGCGAGCUGGCCAAGCUCAACAUGGCCCCCGCCAUGGAGGGCCUCACCCCGCCCGUCGGCCUGCCCGGCCUGCUGGCACUCCAGCAGCAGGCGCUCGCCCACCAGGCGCACGCCAUGCAACAGCAGCAGCAGCAGCAGCAGCAGCAACAGCAGCAGCAACAACAGCAGCAACAACAGCAGCAGCAAGAGCAACAGGAGCGACGGGAGCCCCGUCAGAACGGUGAAGCACAGGAUCUUUCUCUGCCCAAGGAGAGGAAGUCGGAGAGCCGCGACGGCCGAGACCGGGAGCUGAACGGCGGCGAGCGGGAGCGCGAGCGAGGCGCCGACGGCGACCGCAGCGCGUCCGCCGAGGCCAACAACGCGAGCGCCGAGCGGGCCGAGCGCGCCGAGCGGGCCGAGAGGCUCAAGAAGGAGAUGGCCGAGGCCACGGCCGAGGCCCUGAGGCACGGCACUAGCGCCUUCUCCCUCGUCAGGCCCAAGGACGCACCCGGCGCCCCCACGGCCUCGCCCCUCAGCAACUCCAUCCUGCCGCCCGACCAGGCCGGCGCCGACCUCUCCGGCACGGCGGCCGUGUCGCCGCUGCAGAGGAUGGCGUCCAUCACCAACAGCCUCAUCUCGCAGCAGGCCUCGGCGCCGUCGCACACCACCACCAACCCGAGGCCGCUCAAGGCCGUGCUGCCCCCAAUCACCCAGCAGCAGUUCGACCAGUACAACAACCUCAACACGGAGGAGAUCGUGCGCAAGGUCAAGGAGGCCCUCUCGCAGUACUCCAUCAGCCAGCGCCUGUUCGGCGAGAACGUGCUCGGGCUGUCGCAGGGCUCCGUCUCGGACCUGCUGGCGCGGCCAAAGCCCUGGCACAUGCUAACGCAGAAGGGCCGCGAGCCCUUCAUCCGCAUGAAGAUGUUCCUGGAGGACGACAACGCCGUCCACAAGCUGGUCGCCUCGCAGUACAAGAUCGCGCCCGAGAAGCUGAUGCGCACCGGCGGCUACGGCGUCAACCCACCGAUCCCCUCGUCGCGGUCGCACCCCGCCGCCUCGCGGCUCGCCAACCUGCCGGAGGACAUGCUCAGCCGGCUCAGCGACCAGCACGCGCACUCCAAGGCGGCGCUGCUGCAGCACAUGGCCGCGCACCCGGGCGUCCACCACGGCGCGCACCCGGGACACCCGGGCCACCCUGGCCACCCAGGCCUCCACCCCGGACAGGCGCUGGCGCCGCCGCCGCCGCCCCUGCUGGGCUCGCCGCCCUCGCACCCGCGCCUCGGCGGCCACCACCUCCCCGGACACGAGCAGGCGCAGGGCCCGCCGCGCACCACCACGCCGCAGCAGCGCGAGCAGCAGCGCGAGGCGCAGGCCCAGCGGGAGGCUCAGCGCGAGCAGCGUGACCAGGCCCGCGAGCGGGAGCAGCGCGAGCGGGAGCAGAGGGAGCGCGAGCGGGAGCAGCGGGAGCGCAACGCCGACCAGCAGCGCGCGGCCGCCGACCAGCACCGCGGGCCCUCGCCCUCACAGCUCCGCGGCCUGCCCCACCUCGCGCCCUCCGUGUACGAGAUGGCCGCGCUCACCUCGGACCUCGACACCCAAACCAUCACCACCAAGAUUAAGGAGACCCUACUCGCCAACAACAUUGGCCAGAAGAUCUUUGGCGAGGUGGUGCUGGGACUGUCGCAGGGCUCCGUGUCCGAGCUGCUGUCCAAGCCCAAGCCGUGGCACAUGCUGAGCAUCAAGGGCCGGGAGCCCUUCAUCCGCAUGCAGCUGUGGCUGUCCGACCCGCUCAACAUCGACCGGCUGCAGGCCCUCCGCAACGAGCGGCGCGAGGCGUCCAAGCGGCGCCGCGGCUCCGGCGUCAACAACUCGGCCGCGUCCUCCACCCCCGGCGACAACUCGUCCGACACGUCCUCCAACGACACGAGCGAGUUCUACCACUCGACCUCGCCCGGGCCGCCGGCCAAGAAGCAGCGCGUGCUCUUCAGCGAGGAGCAGAAGGAGGCCCUGCGCCUGGCCUUCGCCCUCGACUCGUACCCCAACGUCGGCACCAUCGAGUUCCUGGCCAACGAGCUGUCGCUGUCCUCGCGCACCAUCACCAACUGGUUCCACAACCACCGCAUGAGGCUGAAGCAGCAGGUGCCGCACAGCCCCGCCUCCCCCAGCCCCCGAGAGCAGGCCUCCCCCGGUGGCCAGACGUUCGACCCCGUGCGCUUCCGGAUGCUGCUGAACCAGCGGCUGAUGGAGCUGCAGAAGGAGCGGCUCGGUGGCGUGGGGGCUGGCCUCGGCGCCGGACUCGGUGCUGGCCUCGGAGCCGGCCUCGGCGCCGGGCUGCCGCUGCCUUACCCACCCUACUUCGCCGGCAACGCCAACCUGGCGGCGCUCAUCUCUCGUGGCCUCCUCCCCGCCGCGGCCGCCGCGGGCUUCGCCGGCCUCGCCGGACCCGAGCCCAAGGACUUCAACGGCCUGGACCUGUCCAUCAAGCGCGAGAGCGAUGACGACGAGGACGACGCCAUCUCCAACAACGGGUCCGAGGACUCGGCCUCUGACCUAUCGAGACGCACGCCGCACAAGCCCGACCAGCAGGCGCUGCUCGCGGGGCUCGCAGGGCUGGCAGGCCUCACCACCCCCUCGCCCUCCUCGGGGUCGGGGGCGCCCAGAUCCUCCAGCUCCAGACGGAAGCCCGCCGCGCCGCAGUGGGUCAACCCCGACUGGCAGGAGUCCAAGGACAAAGAGGUCAUUAUCAACGGUGUGUGCGUGAUGCAGACCGACGACUACAAGAUCCGUGCCGAGGAGGAGACCGUGAGGGUCGAGCCCACCGCAGUCAUGGACACGGAGCGCUUCAACGCAGAGCACGACGAUGCCAUGGAUAGCGAUGACGCCAUGUCACCUCGCAACGUGGCGCCGCACCCCGCGUCGUCCCCGCGAGGGUCACCCCUGCAGGGUGACGCGGAUGACGGCGAGGACGAUGCCGACGACAUGGAAGUGGACGGUGGUCGAGGCUCCCCGUCGCAGGCCAGCCAGGACGAGCACGAGCCCCAGGAAAGGCGACGCGGCCUUGUGGACGAUGGCGUGGACGAGGACAGGGACGGGCGGCCGUCCCCUUCGAGCUCACCUGUCCAUACGGACGCAGAGCCCGCCCUCAGCUAGGUGUAGUCAAAACCACUGUGAAAGCCCCAAUCGAUUUUAGGAAAAGAUUAUUACUUUGUUCUUUUUUAUUUUUCUUUAAAGUAUUUAUAAAAUUAUUUAAUUCUAUUGUAUACUUAAUUUGUUUUAGAGGAUUGUGAGGAUAGUUCAAGGGUCUGCGGUCAGCUGAAGGUGCAAUGAUUCGACACUAGUCUUUGGUUUGAAUCAAUGUAUAAAAUGGUGUACCUGGCUGUUUCCUGUGUUCCUUUGCUGCCUUACCUUCCUGUAUGUUGUAUUGCCUUUUACCUCCUGAAGGUCCCGGCACGCGUGCCCGCGUACAAGUGUUCAGGCAAAUCUGUACGCGGUCAUGCGUGUCUGUGCCAGUCUUCACAUAUGUAUCUCAAUGUACCAAAUCGUAGCUGCAAUGUGUAUCAAUGAACAACAGAAGACAGUGGAGUGUGUAAUUUAUUUUCAUUAUUUAAGAUACUGAGACCUAGUGUUUGUUAGACUGGGAGAACUGAUUUGGCCUUCCAAUACUGCAUCACAAUUGUAGACACUGUCACUAUUGGAGAUAUAAUAUCGGAAGCCGUACAAAACCAAAAAUUUUUCUUUCUUUCAAGGGCACGUUUUCCGCAGUGCAUCCGCAGAAAACGAGCAUUACGCUCAAAAAGAAAAUACCAUAUCAGAAGCGUUGCUGUGUGUUGUGUUAGCUGCGCGGAUGCGUGUGAAAAAGUUUGAAAGUUAUGAUACUAGUUUUAGUUAUUGUGAGUGUACCCUGUCUUAGUGUGUAUCCCGAAUUCUUAGCCAAGCUGGGACUUCAUUUGGUGGAUACCAUUUGUGAUUUAAAUGUGUGAGUGACAAUUGAAGCUUGUUAGUACUCAGUACUAGCAAGUGGUGAGCGCCCUCGCCUCGCACUAGAGGGGCGCCUGGUUGCCUUUGGACGUUUGAAAUCAUGACGCAGUCAUCAACCAGCGCCUGGCGGUUAAGCUGUGACCUCGUGCGUUUGGCACACGUGUUAGAUAAUUUUAAAUGUACAAAGACCAAAUAGUACGUUUAUCACCCUUUAGACGUACAAAUGUUUCAACUCCAAAACUAAUUCAUACAUGUAAAUUUGUUCAACAUGUAGGUGAAUAUGAGUAGAAGAGAAUGUACAAAGAUAGCAGUUGUGUUUAAAAUGCAACUGUGCCUGUUGUAUAAUUUGUUUUUAUUUUUGUUGGGAAAUUUUCUUGUUUCCAAAGGUUAUUGUUUUGUUUAUUUAGUCAUUUCUGACUACUGGUCUUGCAUGAUUAUUUUGUUGUUGAGUUCUUUGCCCUGCUGGCUGUCUUCCUGACGACUGAUAUCUGUUUUGUAGACGAUACUCUGCCAAACAAGGAGCAGGGAUGUAGAUAAAGAAAUUGAGCCAAACAAAGUCAUUGUUUUAAACAAGACAAAUUGAAAAAGUACUUCCAAUUAUAAAUUUACAGAAGAUUAUAGAGAUAUAAUAUUAUUAUGUUUUUGUUGUGAAAAAUCUUUUAUACAUCUGUACCAUUCUUGUGUUAAUAUUUCUGUACAAUUUCUUUGAUAGUAGCCCAACAGUAGUGAUAAUAUGCCUCAGUAAAGGCACAAUGUUUAGGGAAUAAACUAGGAGUUUCCAGGAAGUACCUGCAUGUAGACUACUCCUCAUGAGCAGACAGUCAGCACUUUGUAAAUAAUGACUUCAAGUAGAUGUGCCCUGAUUUUGUAUUCAUUCUAAUUUUAACCUCCUUGGUCCUUGUCCCGUUUCCAUUAUACUUCCCACCCUAUAGAAUCAACGAAAAAAGGAAUAGUUGAGUUAAAAUUUAAGUAUUAAUACUGUGAAUGUUGUUAAAUUAUUCAUUACUCUAAGUGGUAAUCACUGAUACUACGUUUAGAUGUACCAUAUCGCAUUUUUGUAGGACUCAUUCUAUUGUCAUUUCCCAUCGCUUUCACCAAUUUGUUCAUUGAAUUUUGUUUAUUGUACUUUUGCCUUUUUGUUUGUUUAUUUUUCAAAGUACUGUAUAUUGAAAUUAGGUUCUAUAUGUCUCUUUUUAUCUCGUUCAUUAUUGUUGGUUAAAAUGAAUGUCAUUGCUAUGACAGUUACCUAAUUAUUAUUAUUAUUAUUAUUAUUAUGAUUAUUAUAAUUAUUAUUAUUAUUAAUCUUUGUAUCUACAUUUCAGAGGCUCAUUUGCCAAUCAAAUUUUUAACUGUGAUAAAGAACGGAAACGUUCCAAAUAAACAUAAUGAAUCAUUUCACAAUUAUUGCAUUCAGUGUGUUAAAUAAAACAUAGCCCAUCUUAAAA